CAGACAGACAGACACACGCACCACUAGCAGCGUCCAAGAAAAAAAAAAUUUUUUUUUUAAAGGUAGCCCGUGGAAACGGAUUCUUCUUCGGUGAUUCUGGCUCUCCUAACUGCCUUGUCGAGCUCGUCAGUCGCAUACCUGCUGCAGUAGGCUACACACACACGUGUUAUGAGUCCAGCCUUUGGUUGUUGCAGCUUUCAUCGUAGACUCUCGUGACUUGACAUUCGCUAUGGAUUAAAAAGGCAACGUUUUUUUUCCCCGUUCAUUGUUGUUGUCGUUUCCCGGCGACAAGUGCGCAGCACCUGCUGGCUCGCCAGUUCAACUAGCGAAAUGGUGGCAGUGAAGUGUUGUUCGUAUAUUGACUAGCCUUCUUGGUGCUUCACGAACAAGAGCUAGCCAUCUUUAACAAGAAGUUGGCGCCUUCAAAAAAAAAAAAAAAUAAUAAAUUGGCGUGAAAAAGAGCGCGACAUUCAUUUAGCGAGUGUGUUUCAAGCUGCUGCAAUUUGUUGUUGUUGUUGUUGUUACCGGCUGGUGAACUCCAAAUUAAUUAAACCGACAAGAAAUAGAAGAUGUCGCUCGGUAGUAGGUUAACCUUGGUCGUGACCUGUUUGACCUUGAUACCUGGCCCAUGCCGAGCCCAAAAUGAUUGUUUCACGUCCAGCAGCAUAGUCGGCGCCGUGCUGGGCACCUUCUUCUCUACGGCCGUUGCAUUAGCGUUGCUCGUCUUUUUGCUAUGGUGGAUCUAUUAUCGCCGCACGCCUAAUGGUGUGGACCGCCAGAGUAAAGGGGCGCGUGUCGUGGAAAGCGGUUCGGGCUUCGACAAUCCAUGCUUCGAGGCCAAUCCUAAUUCAGAUGUUGUCGACGGCGGCAAGGCAGAGAAAUUUGGUCAAAAGCAGGAUGCGCAAAGCACGUCGUGGACACCUUUGCGAUUCUUUGGCGCAAACAAAAACGAAAAGAAAAGAUCUAUGGACGACUCAUUUAUUUCCGAACCUGAACGAGUAUCGGUCCAGCUGCGUGGCCACGAUUUCACAGGCUUGGGAUUCAACGUGACUGGUAACAUGCGCGAUGGAAUAUUCAUCAAGGAUAUUUUAAACCGCGGACCGGCUUUCGAAUCUGGAAAAAUCGCUCCAGGCGAUAGAAUCCUCAACGUGACAAUUUCCUUCCGUCACGUUGUCUACGAGGAUGCAUUGACCAUUUUGAGCUACGCGUCGCCAUAUGACGUGACCAUGGAGCUCGAGAAAGGACUCCGUAAUAAUAGCAGCACAUUAAAGAAACGUAAAGCAGCAAGUACGGUGUCUCUGGCUUCUAAUUCACCCUCUGCAACACUUUCUACGAUAGCGGGAUCCGUGCAGCAGGAGGGACCACCCAACGAGCGUUUGGUUCAUCCUCUGUACCGUUCGCAGUCGAUUGAUGACCUAUCCAAGGUUGGACGAGCGGAUGUGACUGUCAGGGCGGACAUGCGAAUUCCCAGUUUGGCGGGUCAUGUAAGUGGCGGCCUGGCAAAAUCAAAAUUACUGGGAAAAGCAAAUCUAGAUAUUGACGUGCCGACUGCGCCCGACAUCAAGCUGAAAGGUGGAAACAUCAAACCUGCAUCAGCCAACGUCGUUUUAGAUGCUGGAGAUAUCAACGUCGCUCCCCCGAAUGUUUCUCUGGCGAUAGACCCGCGGCCUCCGAAAGUAUCGAAAUUCGCAAUCAAAGUCUUACCAGAUUUGAAGUUCAAAGCCGGUGCCAAAGGCGCAGAGGUGGACAUGCCGCUACUUCCUACCGGACUUGAUGUACCAGAAGCCGAGCUCAAUCUUCCAAAAGUAGAGAUACACACACCCAAAGCUUCUGACCUUGCCAUCAACAUCGACGUGCCGGAUGGAUCGGGAAUUAAAUUACCCACACGUAACGUCUCCAUGGCGAUCGACAUGCCAGAACAAGAGUACCCAACAGCCGUAGUCGCAGGUGGUGACGUUAAAUUGAAUAUGGGAAUUCCUUCGCUGAAUCUCUCUGCUCCAGUCGGUGUAACCGAUAUCAAUUUCGAAGGACCGAAAAUUAACCAGCCCAAUAUCGAUGUCAAUCUCCCCGCUGCACCAAAUGUAAGCGUCGAUUUCCAAUCACCGAGCUUGCCAGAUGUUGCAGUUGGUCAAGAAAUUCAUAAUGCAGACAUUUCUCUUGAUCUAAGCAAGACACCAAAACCUGGUUUUCAUAUCAAAUUCCCAAAAUUUGGCGGCAGCAAAACAGUGAAAGGUGACAUGCCUGAAGUAGGCGUUCAACUAGCUGCUCCAGAAUUGGAAGUGGCGUUGCCAGAAACAAAUGUCGAAAUGGACCCCAAGUUGAAAAAAGACGGAGCUAAAGCAGGUUUUGAAUUCAAAAUGCCUAAAAUGAGUCUGAAAAAGAAACCUGAGAUCGCCUUUGAGGCUAAAACGAUGCCUACUAUUAACGUUGAUGGGCCGGAAGUAGACGUCGACAUGAAGAUACCUGGAGCUUCUGUUGAGGUACAGCCGCCUUUCCUUUCUGCUUCGGCCCCUGAUGUGGAACUACCGUCUGUAUCGAUGGACGUCAAAAAACCAAAGAUUGAUUUUUCUAUGCCCAAAUUUAAUAUGGGCAAGGAUCAAGCAGAACUCAAAAAUACCAUCGGUGUGGACAUGGACAUAGCCGGGGUUAGAAUCGAAAAAACUUCUUCGUCAGACAGCGACACUGACGAUGACACGGAAGGAGGAAAGAAAAAGUUAAAGUUUGGAAAGAUGCCCAAAUUCGGUUUCAACAAACCACAGGGCGAAAUAGAAAUUUCAGCUCCCGACGUCUCGGUGGACGUUGAGCUUCCUUCUGUAGACGUCGACGUCGGCGAUAUUGACAACGAUAAAGGCAGCAAGAAAAACAAGUUUGGAAUGAAAAUGCCCAAAUUUGGAGCUAGUGCAACUGUUCCCGAUGUAGGUUUGAAUUUAGACGCUUCUCAUGGAAUUGACGUUAAAUUACCUAGUGUAGAAACAAAAGCGGAGACGAGUGACUCCUCCGAUGAUGACGACGAUGAAAAUGGCGAUAAAAAGAAAAGGGGAUUCAAUAUCAAAAUGCCGAAGUUUGGCUUACCCAAAGCUGAAAUGAGGGACCCAAGAAUCGACGUCCAAGCGGAUUUACCCUGCAUGAAACCGCUUGAAGGAAAGCUUGAAGUUGGAGUUCCAAACUUGAGCGGUGAUGUCCUGAGGAUGCAGUCAGACACUGAAGAUACCGACAAUGAAGACGAAAUAAAGAAAAAGGGUAAAUCGUUGAAAAUUAAAUCUCCCGAACUUCAAUUCACUGGUGGCGCUACCAACCUCGACGUCAAAGCUCCGUCUUUAGAAUUAUCUACUGCGGGCGGUUCGUCUGAAUUCAAAGUUAAAGGACCUAAACUUGAUCAGCCCAACAUCGAUGUGACCGUCCCAACUGGAGCGAGUCUAGAUCUGGAUUUUAAGCUACCAAGUUUGCCAGAUGUACCAGCCAAUCUAGAGAUUCCCCAUGCAGAAGCUUCCAUCGAAGCCGGCAAAACUGGGAAAUCAGGAUUUCACAUCAAAUUCCCGAAAUUCGGAGGAAGCAAAACCGUGAAAGUUGAUGCACCAGAAACAGGUGCUAAAAUUGCAAUGCCAGAGGUAGAUGUGGCAUUGCCGGAAGCAAGUGUGGAAAUUGACCCAAAGCUGAAAAAAGACGGAUCCAAAGCAGGAUUCGAAUUCAAAAUGCCGAAAUUGAGCCUCAAGAAGAAACACGAUGUCACCAUCGAGACUAAACCUUUGCCCACCCUAAACGCUUCCAUUCCGGAAGUCGAUGUCGACGUGAAGCUUCCUGCAGCUUCUAUUGAUAUCCAGCCACCGUCCCUUUCUGCAUCCGGCCCUGAUGUAGAUUUACAUCCGUCUGUUUCAGUAGACGUCAAGAAACCAAAAACCGGUUUUUCUAUGCCAAAGUUUAAUAUGGGUAAAGGACACGGUGAGCUGAAAGGCUCCGCUAAUAUCGCUCUCUCCGUGCCUAACGUGACAACGGAUCUAAAACAAGGCUCAGCCUCUAGUGACAGCGAUGAUGACUCGGAAGGCGGAACGAAAAAGUUGAAAUUCGGAAAAAUGCCUAAAUUUGAGCUAAGCAAACCUGAAAUCCAAUUGGAGACUUCUGCGCCAGAAAUGUCAGCAGACGUGAAUAUUCCUUCUGCGGGCUUUGACGUUGAUGACGCAAAGAUCAGUAAAAAGGGCAAUUUCGGUAUCAAAAUGCCAACAUUCGGCGCCGGCGCAAACGUCUCCGUUCCUGAGGGAAGUUUGGCUUUAGACACCUCCCAUCAAGUUGAUGUUAAAUUGCCCAGUGCAGAAAUCAAGGGCGAGACGAGUGACUCUUCGGAUGACGACGAAGACGAAAACGGCGAUAAAAAGAAGAAACGGUUCAACAUUAAAAUGCCGAAAUUCGGUUUACCCAAAGGCGACAUUGCGGUGAGCGCACCAAAGAUUGACCUGCAAGCGGGUAGUUCCGACUUACCCGACAUAAAACCGUUAGAGGGAAAUCUAGAAAUUGAAGUGCCUAAAAUCACUACCUCUUUUUCUAAAGCAUCCUCCCACUCGGAUGAGACUGACUCGGAAGAUGGAUCCAAGAAAAGAAGUAAAGGUGCAUUUGCCGUGAACACAGCUGUUCCCGAUCUUGAUGCUAAACUAACAGUUGGUACUGGAAAUUUGGAUGCAAGCUUCGGAGAAGCAAAAAAGGGAUCCAAGCUCGGAAUAAAACUUCCAAGGAUGAAAAUGGAUAGACCUAAUCUGAAAAGAAAUGAACAUUCCGAUUCGGAUACGAGCAGUGAUGAUGAUGACGAAGGCAAGGGAGGAUUGAAAGGUGGCAUUGCAAUUCCAUCUAUCGAUCUCUCGGGACCGGACGUAGACCUGCAAGGCGAUCUGGGACUUCCCAGCGCACAGUUUGGAAUGAAAGCGAACCAGCCAAAGGUUGACCUCGAAGCUGACAUCGGUGACGACGACCACGACGACGACGAGAACAAAAAGAAAUCGAGUAAAUUUGGAUUCUCCAUCAAGAUGCCUAAAUUCCACAUGAAGAAGAAAUCUGAAGACCGAGAUUUAUCAGCACACUUGAAUCUCGAUUCAGCUUCGGGUGGCACCGACGACGAUCGCAGCGGUGAAGACAAGAAAAAAGGAAAAGCGUCUGCUAAACUACCGAAAUUUGGUUUGAAAAAGCCUGACCUAGACACUGAUUUCGGUAUCGACAAGUCCAUUGACAUUCGUGCUGAUGUUAAUCUACCAAAAGUGAAUUUACCUGAACUAGGAGCUGACGUGAAAAGUGAAGACAAGGAUAAGAUGACUUUUUCCUUGCCCGAAGUGACGAUUGAGAAACCGAAAUUCGAGCUGGGUCUGGAUUCGAGUAUGGAAACUGAAGGAUCGACCAAAUUUGGUAUUGAUAUGGGAAAGGGUGAUUUAAAUCCGUUUUCGGUUGAUAUCGCAAUGGGUGGUCAGGUGCAACCGCCUAGCGUUCCAGAUGUUGGUUUCAGCGUAGCCGGUGGUAUGAACCCGCAAGCGGAUAUUAAGUUCAAGGGACUUGACCUAGAACUGGAACAUGACGAUUCAGACGACGAGAAAAAGAAAUCGAAAUUUUUCAAGAUGCCUAAAUUUCACAUGGGCAAACAUCAUGGCGAAGCAAAAGUUGAACACGGGGCUAAAAUCAAUUUACCGGAUGCCGAGCUUAGUUUACCAACUGGAAAAUUGGAACUGGACCCUAAUGUAAGCAUCGAUGUUUCCAGCAAAGACGACGCAGACAGCGAUGACGACAAAAAGGAAAGCAGCAAAAAGAAGACACGAUUUGGAAUUAAAAUGCCUAAAUUUCAAAUGAAACAUUCGCAAGCUCCCGGUGUGAACUUGGAUGUCAAAGCCGAAGGAGUGAAAAUGCCAAGUUUAGAAGCCCAUGUUGAUGCACUCGUCGUUGAACACGAUUCCAUCAGCUCGGAUAACACGUCGAUUGAAAUGGAUCUUCCCAGAGUUCCCGAAAUCAAUCCGAUCGACGUGGACAUAACCGUGCCGCACGGCAAACUCGAAAUUCCUGAAAAGGAUGGCAAGAAGAAAGGGAAAUUCAGUUUUAAAUCAAACUUUAAAAUGCCGAAACUUCACAUGAGCAGCGGCAAGGGUCACGCCGAUUUAGAAGUCCCAUCCACGGAAAUCAAUCUACCGAAAGUGGAAGUUGAUUUAGCAGGCAAAGGUGAAGUUGAUGUUGAUGACGCUGAAAAGAAGAAGUCGAGUGCGAAAUUGGGAGCCGCUUUUCACAUGCCGAAAAUAGACAAGCCUUCGGCCAAUAUCGACGUCAGUGUCCCAACUUUUGGUCUGGAUCUUAAAGGAGAUGCAAAGCACGACAGUAGUGAUGAUGAAAAUAAGAAAACAGACAAAAGCAAAUCUGGUGGUGGAUUUGCGUUCAAAAUGCCAAAGCUCAGCGGCGGCGGCAAAGCUGAAAUCGGCCUACCUGAGAUGGAAUCCCAAUUAAAUGUAAAAGCACCCACAGUAGAAAUGCCAAAAGUAGAAGCCAGUUUGGAUUUAGAUGAAGGAGACCUGAAUAAGAAAUCACCUUUCAUUGUCAAAAUGCCGGCGUUCAAUCCAAUGAAGCCGGACAUUCAAUUAGACGUAUCCAAGGCCAAGGCCGACUCGGAUAGCGAUGACAGCGACUCGGAAAAUGAGAAAUCCAAGAAAGGCUUCAAAUUGGGAUUCAAAAUGCCACAUCUAUCCAUGGGCGGGAAAGGCACUGCCGAUAUCGAUACUGAUUUAAACGUCAAAGUAGAACAUCCUGAACAAGAGCUACCCUCUGUGGGUGCACAAUUAUCUCUACCCAAAACAGACAUGUCAGUGAAGAAAAAAGGUAAUUUCGACGGCAACUUUAAAAUGCCAUCCUUUGGCCUCAAAGCCGCCGGUGGUACCCAGAAGGCGGACGAAAGUGACGACAGUGAAUCUGAUGACGAUGAAAAAUCCAAGAAGGGGUUUAAAUUGGGCUUCAAAAUGCCAGAUUUUUCCAUGGGUGGCAAAGGUGAUGUCAGUCUUGAUGCGGAUGUCAAGGCUAAACAGCUAGGACAAGAUUUACCGACCUUAGAAGCUGACGUUAGCCUUCCCGAGGCUGAACUAUCUGCAAAAAAGAAGGGUAGUUUCGGAGCCAAUUUCAAAAUGCCUUCAUUUUCGAGCGCAGCCAACGUAGAUGUCAGUGGCGCAAAGCAAGCGAACAAUAGCGACGACAGCAGCGAUUCGGAGGACGAAAAUUCAAAAAAGGGACUUAAAUUGGGUUUCAAAAUGCCCAAAUUAUCCCUAGGUGGGAAAAACGAAGCCAAUCUCGACACGGAUGCUAACCUCAACGUAAAACUACCUGAACCGGAGUUACCGUCGUUUGAGGCUGAAGCAUCGCUACCCGAAGCGGACCUCUCGAUGAAAAAGAAGAGCAGUUUCGGCUCUCAUUUCAAAAUGCCGACCUUCUCCGCCAAAGCCAAUGUAGAAGACGACAGCAGCGAUUCGGACGAUGAGAGUUCAAAGAAAGGAUUGAAAUUCGGACUGAAAAUGCCGAAAUUGUCCAUGGGUGGGAAAAGCGACGUUGAUCUUGAUACGGAUGCCAAUCUCAGCGUAAAACUACCUGAGCAGGAGUUACCUUCAGUUGAUGCCGAGCUUUCUCUUCCCGAUGCGGAUCUAACAACGAAAAAGGCGAGUUUCGGAUCGCAUUUCAAAAUGCCCACCUUUUCAACGAAAGCCAAUGUAAGUGCGAGCGGUGCUGAAAAAGCUGAAGCCAGCGACGACAGCAGUGAUUCAGAAGAUGAAAAAUCUAAGAAAGGCUUUAAGUUAGGUUUCAAAAUGCCAGACUUUUCAAUGGGCGGGAAAGCCGAUGUGAAUCUUGAUUCCGAAUCAACGAUAAAGACAAAGCAACCAGAACUCAAUUUGCCAAAUGUGGACGUUGAUGUAUCACUUCCCGAAGCAGACCUGUCGACAAAGAAGAAAAGUAGUUUCGGAUCACAUUUCAAGAUGCCAUCUUUCUCUCCCAAAGCCAACGUACGUGUGAGCGGCGCUGAGAAAAUUCACUCGGACGACGAAAGCAGCGAUUCAGAAGACGAGGAUUCAAAAAAGGGACUAAAAUUGGGUUUCAAAAUGCCAAAGUUAUCGGUGAGCGGGAAAGAUGGCGUUAUGCUCGAUUCGGAGGCAACUAGAGUGAAAAAACCAGAUCUAAAUUUACCCAGCGUGGAAGUCGACAUGUCGCUCCCUGAAACAGAUGUUACGACGAAAAAGAAGGCCAGUUUCGGAUCCCAUUUCAAAAUGCCGACCUUCUCCACCAAAGCGAACGUUAGCGCAGCUGGUCCUGAGCCAGUUAGCAGAAACGAAGACAGCAGUGAUUCGGAAGAUGAGAAUUCAAAGAAAGGUCUAAUUAGGCUUCAAAAUGCCAGACUUAUCGGUCAAAGGAAAGGCGAUCUAAGUCUUGAUUCGGAUCCCAACAUCACAAUUCAACAGCCUAGCCCUAUAGAGGCAGACGUGUCCCUCCCUGAAGUCGAUCUCUCCGCAAAAAAGAAGAGCGGCUUCGGAUCCCAUUUCAAAAUGCCGACCUUCUCCGCAAAAGCGAAUGUUGGGUCAGGCGGUGCUGAACACGACAACACAAGCGACGACAGCAGCGAUUCAGAAGACGAAAAUUCAAAAAAGGGACUUAAAAUGGGUUUCAAAAUGCCAAAAUUAUCUAGCAGUGGAAAGAACGACGUUCAUCUCGAUUCAGAUGCAAGCGUCAAGGUAAAACUACCUGAGCAAGAGUUACCCUCGUUUGAGGCCGAGGCAUCGCUGCCAGAGGUGGACCUUUCAAUGAAAAAGAAGAGCAGUUUCGGCUCACAUUUCAAGAUGCCGUCCUUCUCUCCCAAAGCCAACGUACGUGUCGGUGGCGUUGAGAAAAUUCACGCAGAAGACGAAAGCAGCGAUUCUGAUGACGACAGUUCAAAGAAAGGACUGAAAUUAGGUCUCAAAAUGCCAAAGUUGUCUAUGAGUGGGAAAAGCGACGUUGAUCUUGAUUCCGAUGCUAAUCUCAACGUAAAACUACCUGAACACGAGGUACCCUCACUCGAGGCUGAAGCAUCGCUCCCAGAAGUGGACCUUUCGAUGAAAAAGAAAAGCAGUUUCGGCUCUCAUUUCAAAAUGCCGACCUUUUCCACCAAAGGCAAGGUAAGCGACGCCGAAAAAAUCCUUGAAAGUGACGACAGCAGCGAUUCAGAAGACGAGAAUUCAAAAAAGGGACUUAAAUUGGGUUUCAAAAUGCCCAAGUUAUCCGCCAGCGGAAAGACCGACAUCAAUCUCGAUUCGGACCCAAGUGUCAACGUGAAACUACCUGAAUGCGAUUUACCCUCACUUGAGGCUGAAGCGUCGUUGCCCGAUGCGGACCUAUCGAUGAAAAAGAAGAGUGGUUUCGGGUCUCAUUUCAAAAUGCCAACCUUUUCCACCAAAGCCAAUGUAAGUGCUAGCGGUGCCGAUAAAAGUCACGCGAGUGACGACAGCAGCGAUUCGGAAGACGAAAAUUCAAAGAAAGGAUUGAAAUUAGGUUUCAAAAUGCCAAAAUUGUCCAUGGGUGGGAAAACGGACGUUGAUCUUGAUUCGGAUGCUAACCUCAAAGUUAAGCUACCUGAGCAAGAGCUACCCUCAGUUGAUGCCGAGCUUUCCUUACCGGACGCGGACCUUACAACGAAAAAGAAGAGCAGUUUCGGAUCGCAUUUCAAAAUGCCCACCUUUUCAGCGAAAGCCAAGGUAGGCGCCAGUGGCGCCGAUGACACAGGCGACGACAGCAGUGAUUCAGAAGAUGAGAAUUCAAAAAAGGGAGUGAAAUUAGAUUUCAAGAUGCCAGAUUUAUCAAUGGGCGGGAAAAGUGAUGUCAACCUGGAUCCUGAAUUAACAAUCAAGGCGAAGCAGCCUGAGCUAAAUGUACCAACUGUACAAGUUGGCAUGUCUCCACCAGAGGUAGAACUUGCGACAAAAAAGAAAAGCAGUUUCGGAUCACAUUUCAAGAUGCCGACCUUCUCAGCAAAAACCAACGUAGGCUCGUCUGGCGCAGAACGUGUUAACGCAAGUGACGACAGCAGCGAUUCAGAAAACGAGAAAUCAAAAAAGGGAUUCAAAUUUGGUAUUAAAAUGCCAGAUUUGUCCGUGUCCGGAAAAGGCGACGUAAAUCUCGGCUCCGACGUUGCAAUUAAACACCCUGAACCGCAAUUGCCUGUUUUGGACGCUGAAGUGUCCCUACCCGAAGUCGACGUUUCAAUGAAAAAGAAGAGCAGCUUUGGAUCGCAUUUCAAGAUGCCUUCCUUUUCUACUAAAGCGAAUGUUGGAGCAAGUGCGGAACUCCCAGACAUUGACGUUGUCACUCCGCGAGUGCAAAUAGAAGAGGAACACGAAGUGGAUGACUCGGAAAAGAAAAGUCACAAAAUAGGGAUCAAACUACCGAAAUUCCAAACACGGCAGAGAAACGCUGAAGUAGCUUUGCCACAAGUUGAGCUUAAGAGUGAAGACUCGUCCCAUGAAGAAGACAGUGACAAAGAGUUAAAAGUUAAAGUAAAGAAACCGAAAUUCGGAAUCAAACUACCAGAAUUCAACAAACCAAAAUUGGAAGCAGGAGUCAAUAUUCCUUCUCAAAAUCUAGCUGGCGGCACCGUUCUUGAUGUAAAUUUACCUCAAGUCGGUGCUCAGGUGAAACAACCUGUCGCUAUCACUGGCGAGCCCGCCAACGUUGACAUCCAAGUUGGCAACAUCGACGCUGAGGUUGCCAAGGUAAAAGCGCAAUUGGCCCAACUUCAAGCCGAAUUCGACAUCCAGUCUGGGAAACAGCAAACAAAAAUCAAAGAAGAUGAUUCCAGUUCGUCGUCAUCAGACAGCGAAACUGAGAAAGAAUCCAAAACUUCCGGCAUGAAUUUCGGAUUGAAGAUGCCAAAGUUCUCCAUCGGCAAGGAAAAAACGGAAGCAGAGCCCAAGCUGGAAGCUACUUUGCCAUCUGUAUCUUUGAAAACAAAAACUACCGGCGACGAUAUGACCUCACCUUCUCUGUCCAGCUUAGAAGUGGAGCCUGUCAAAUUGGAAAGUGGCUCUGGCCACGAAAAGGAAAAAAAGAAAUUCAGUCUUGGUUUGAAAAUGCCGAAAUUCCCAUCUAAAGCCGGCGCUGUAGCCGUCGAAAGCGAAGUUGCAUCUAGUUCUAAAGAUCUAGAUACGGUCCCCGUAUCGAAAUCUGUUAAAGUCAAUGUUAAAGCACCAAAAAUGAAAUUGAAGAAGAAGAAAGGAGAUGCCCAUCAUUCAUCAUCCAGCGAUAGCGAUAGCGAGGAAGAAAAUAACGACGAAGAAGAUCAACCGCGAAACAAAGAUGCCACCGGCAAUACCCAGUUGAUGGGCGUGGAAGUCAAAUUGCCACGAGUGCAAAUGUACAAGAAUGUGGAAUACCAGGACGCCGAGAAAACCCACCACGACAGCAGCUCGGACGAAGAAGAUGAAGUGAAGGAUAUUAAGAAGAACAUAGGCGCCCGUUUCGGCGUGAAACUAAAGAAACCCAAAAUGUUCUCCAGUAACAAGAUCGAGAUUACGGGCAAGAACGACGCUGGUAACAGCAGCAAUACCCUUCAACCGGAAUGGAAAUUGCCAAGGGUCGAUCUUCGUCGUGCGUCAAAAUCAUCCGACCAGGAGCUUAGCAUCGAAGUGGAUUUGGAUGGAAUAAGUGAGCAGCAAAAACUGGAACAAUUGUCGCCAUCAGAACGUGCUGAAGCCAUUAGACGCGAUUCCAAGUCAAGCGCAGGAAUUCGUUUACACUCACCGAGUUACAUCAGUUUAAUGCCAAGCCCACGUUCCAAGAAACCAACGCUCGAAAUGCUGGAUGUUGAUUCUUCUCCCAAACUACUUUCCGUUACUCGAUUAGAUCCAACUCCUCCCAUCGAGAGCUCUGUCAGAACGCAACAACCAUUGUAUGGUAAUAUGGAAUUGACCACCACCUUGUCGGGACCCCAAGUCUCGGCCAGCCAGGUUUCUUCGUCGGUUAUCAUGGCUUCAGACGCUGUCAAACUGAAACGUGGCCCACCCACCCCCGCCAGACGAUUUAUCGUACCAUUUGAACCAAACUCCGCCAUUUUGCAUGUCUCUCAACCUACAAUUACUUCAGACGUAACAGUCGAAGGUGGAUUUUCAACAAUGAUAUUCGACAAUUUUCCUGGUGAAGUAGAAGUUGGCGUUUGCCAGCCUCCUUUCAUCUCUGGCAAUAAUCAACAAGCUUCAGAUACUGACAUCUCCAUCACAACGUCAACUGGCUCUGACACGUUGGUCAUCAACUGUCCCGCCCAAUCGUCUGGACAACAGGAAGCUCACAACCGCAAAGCUUCUUCGCUCGGAGAUUUAACACGCAUUCCAACUUCGGGAAGCGACGAAGGCUCGCUCGAAAGAACUGUUUCGCUUGACUUCAAGCCAGUUUCGACAUUGGCCGGUAGUUCGUCCCGAGCUAUCUAUAACCUGGCCGUCCAAGAUCUAAGCCGUGUCGGAGAAGACAGCGAUGAAGACUACAAUUUAAAUCGCAAACGUCCGGUUUCUGAACAAGGUAGCAUCGACAGUGAGGUGACUGUUAUCACUGCGGAUGAAGCAGACACACACAGGUUGCUGUCCACUGGCGGUGUAUCUGGUGGCAAUCGCACAUACCUGACCGUUAACACUGACAACGAUUGCGACAGUGUCAGCCAUCGGCCAUUGAGCGGCGACGUGGCUGAGGCUUUAUGGUUUGGAAGUACCAGCAUCCAGACUGUCGAAAGCGUCCAGACAACAAUGUCUUACAAUCCGAUGGACGAGUCACUCAGUACCGAUGUGACAUUGACCACCAGUUUAGGUACCAGUCCAUCCGAAGCGAGUUCGAGCUCAGAAGGCAGUCCAUUUUCUCCUGCCAGCCCAGAACCAAGUGGAGAAAGUACCCCGAGUUUAAUUGAACAUUCAUCCCAAAUUGAGAAUGGCCGAACGCCACAAUACCAUCCGGAAAUGACCGGGCUCGCUCCAGGAGAAUUGGGAUACAGCGAUGCUCACACAAUCACUUUGGAGAUGUCGUCUUUUUCAGAUGAUUCGCAGCCACAGCCAUUGACAGACCUAAACCCAAGUGCUGGUAAUUUUGCCGCCGUCCGCAACCGCUUUGAGCAAUUGAGUGGCAACAAUCCGCUUAACGGGGGUGAAAAUACUGGUUCGUUAGGUCGAAGUUCUGGUCGAAUAAGCCAAACCCAGGGCACCGUUAUCAAACGAUUAAGCGGCAAUUUUGAGGAUCUACCACCGUCCUCUGUUAAUGUUCUGCAAAAGCCGUACAUGCAACAUAUAGCACCGGAGCUAAGUGAAGGUGCGCUCUCCCGCACAGUCAUCAUCUCCAGUCUGACACUGGAUCGGGCAGAACAGAACAGCGUUAGCUCUACAACUGGCAUUGGUCCCGAAUCACCUGUUCCAAAUUUAGAGCCUCCGUGUUAAAAGUCAAUUGAACGAGAAGGGCGCCCCCACAGCUUUAUUCCGUAUCAGAGCAUUAAAUGAUUCGCAAUUGAGAAUAAUCAGACUACUAAAUUUUCUUACAUUCCCGUGUGUCUUUUUAAAUCUUUACUUAUAGUAUAUUUGCUUGUAAUAAUUUUGAAACGCAGCGCAAAGAGAAGAAACGGCGAGAAAACUCAAUCAAGAUCAAAAUUCGAGGGCCAACCUCGCCCAGUGAAUUAGACGUACAUGCUUAACUGUAUGUUUCUAUACAUAUGCACGAUUUCAACUAAUUUUGUUUUUUUUUCUCGAAAAAUCGCUGUUUUUGUUGUCUCUUUUCAUGAAGCAAAAUUAUGUUUAUUUCAUCACGAGAGAUGCUCUCAUCUUUCAUAUCUUCUAUAACAAUGUGUGUCGCGAUUGCUAUCUUUUCUUUUCGACCAUUGAUCCUACAACUAAUCGAUCCUUCCUAUUUCAUUCCAGUACCGUUGAAAACGUCUUUAAUUAUAUCUAACCGCUCAUCGUUUGCAUGUUUGGGCGAUUAAGAUUUCAUUUACGCCGCCUGGAUUCCUUUUUCCAGCUUUAUUCUUUUCACUUCUUGGGGUUUUAUUACGAUAACCUAAUAGUGUAUAAGUUGCUCAAAAAACCAAAAAAACAAAAAAACAUAAAAGGAAUUCGUUAAGCAAUGGUUUUGCGUAAAGUUGAAAAGGAAGGAACCACUUUUGGAAGGAAUACUAAUUUCCACGAUCCAUUUUUCCCAAAAAUUUAAUCGAAAAAAAAAAAGAAAAGAAAAAGAAAAAAAAAAAUAUAAGAAAAUCAUGAUAAUAAUCUGACUGUCUAUCAACGACAUUUUAACCGACUAGUUUAAGAACGAGAGUUUGUAUAUAUACAUAAGGAAACAUAAGGAAUUAGCGGCAUUUGUCUGGAGACUUUUACAUUCUAGUUUUCUGUCGAUAAAGUCUGUGUAUAAAUGCGUCCAGAUUUUCAUUUAUGGAUACAUAUUUAACUUCAUAACAAUAUUCUAUGCAACCAAACCUUACUUAUUUGCUACCCCAUUUUAUUUGAAUGUGCAUGUGCAGUAGCAGACUUGGCGAACGUGGUCUCUUCCCAUCGCGAUUCGUCGAUAUGAUAAAGCCGUGUACCCUUUUUCUGUAGACUAUCAAGUAUACACCGCAUUAUAAACAUCUGUGACAUCUGUUAUCCAUAUUAUCAAUACACUCUGUUUUGAAUAUAUUA